AUGGCCGCCGGUGCCGACGCCCCGGCCGGGCCAGGCCUAGGCCUCGAGCGCUCCCCCUUCCGGCCUCCGAGCGGGCGGGGCGAGAGAGCAUGCGCAGUGAGGUGCGCCGCCGGCUGCCGCUCCCAUUCCGAAGAUUGGAUGCACACCCUGUAUUUACAAGAAGUUACUACCAGCCAAGAAGGUGCUAAGAUACCUUCAGCUUGA